CAACGAGUACGCCUGGUCACUGAAGACUAUUCACUUAAUAUUGUUUUUGCUGAGGGCGCUGUCAAAGCAAAAUGUCUGACAUGGAUGAUGAUUUCAUGUGCGAUGAAGAAGUCGAUUAUGAUUUGGAAUAUUCUGAAGAAAGCAAUUCUGAACCGGAUGUUGAUUUAGAAAAUCAAUAUUACAAUUCAAAAGCUCUUAAAGAAGAUGACCCAAGAGUGGCAUUGGACAGUUUUCAAAAGGUUUUGGACCUUGAAGAAGACAAAGGAGACUGGGGUUUUAAGGCAUUAAAACAAAUGAUUAAAAUCAACUUUAAACUGGGAAAUUAUGAAGAAAUGAUGGGAAGAUAUAAACAGCUGUUGACAUAUAUCAAGAGUGCAGUUACAAGAAAUUAUUCAGAGAAGUCUAUAAAUAGUAUCCUCGAUUACAUCUCCACCUCAAAAAACAUGGAGUUGCUACAAGAAUUUUAUGAAACUACGCUAGGAGCACUCCGUGAUGCAAAGAAUGAUAGAUUAUGGUUCAAAACAAAUACAAAGCUUGGUAAAUUGUAUUAUGAUAGGGAAGAAUUCACAAAAUUAUCCAAGAUUCUCAAACAAUUACAUCAAUCAUGUAAAACAGAUGAUGGUUCAGACGAUUUAAAGAAAGGCACACAAUUGUUAGAAAUCUACGCUUUAGAGAUUCAAAUGUACACGGCCCAGAAGAAUAACAAGAAACUAAAAGCAUUGUAUGAACAGUCACUUCAAAUCAAGUCAGCCAUUCCACAUCCACUGAUCAUGGGCGUUAUAAGAGAGUGUGGCGGUAAAAUGCACUUACGAGAAUGCGAGUACGAGAAGGCUCACACAGAUUUCUUUGAAUCCUUUAAAAAUUAUGACGAAUCCGGUAGCCCAAGGCGAACGACGUGUUUAAAGUAUCUUGUACUAGCGAACAUGCUAAUGAAGUCAGAUAUAAAUCCAUUUGAAUCUCAGGAAGCUAAACCUUACAAAAACGACCCAGAAAUUCUUGCAAUGACGAACCUUGUAAGUUCGUACCAAAAUAAUGACAUCAGUGAAUUUGAGAAGAUACUGAAAACUAACAGACAAACCAUAAUGGAUGACCCUUUCAUCAGAGAACAUAUUGAAGAUUUACUGCGAAAUAUCCGAACACAGGUGUUGAUGCAGUUGAUCAGGCCCUAUACUCGCAUUCAUAUUCCUUUUAUUUCAAGGGAGCUGAAUGUAGAUGCAACAGAGGUUGAGAGUUUACUAGUACAAUGUAUUUUAGACAACACAAUUCAUGGAAGGAUAGAUCAAGUAAAUCAGUUAUUAGAGCUAGAUCAGAAAUCACAAGAUAUGGCCCGAUUCCAAGCCAUUGAUCGAUUGGCCACGCAGCUCACAUCUUUACAGAUGGCAGUAGGAAACAAGAUGGCUUGAAGAAAAACAUCUCCAGGCAUCACGCCACACUGUUGCUACUCUUCCUAAACAACUCGUCUAUAUGGACAUAUUUUGAAUAUUGUUUUUUCUUCUUGGCUUGUUGAUUUCCGAGGAACAUGAAAGUGAUUAAAUUGGUGUAGCAUCUUGCUAUACCAUUCAUAGCUUCUCUUUUGGAGGACGAGGGGUACUAGCGAUUAACAAGACUUUAUCUCUAGAUUUGUUGAUGUGAUGUUUCUCCUGGGAAUCAACCUGAUAGACAUUGCUAACCUAGGAUUCAUUGCUAAUAUAGAGGAGUGUUGUGUUUGUUAUAGUCUAUAUUUUGGUGAUGAAAGGGGAAAAAAUAGGACUGGCAAUAACCACAUCUGAUUGGUGAAGUUUAGGGUUCUUGAUGUAGAUGAAUUAUUCCAAAAUACUAACUUCAGAUUUAUGGUAAGAAUGCUUUUCAGCACAUUUUCAUUUUAGAAUACAUUUCAAAAAUGUUUCUACUUGUUAAUCAUAAAAACACUUACGAAUGUUACUACCAACUAGCUAUUUAAAAACAAUAUUCCGCUGCUCUUAAAAAUUAUUGUGGCAUAAAUAUCUGUCUGCUGCCCUCUAUAGUUUAUUUGAAUAUAAUCACAAGAUUAUUAAAUUCAUUGUCAAAUUUUUUAAUUCUUUCAAAAGAUAUUUGUUAUAAUGAACGAGGGUUAACUAGCAAUAUAUGUAAGGGGUUUGGUCUUAAGGAAUUGUAAAGCUUUAAGAAGCAUCACAUUUUGUUAAGCUAUUAAUAAAACUGAAAUACAGACAAGUUCA